GCUGGACGAAAGUCUUUAAAAUGGACCUAGGCAGCAGGAAGUCGAGCUGUUGUUUGCCCAAAAGGGAAAGGGGAAAAGUCAUCUGGAUUUUGCGUCCCUGAAACUAUCACACUCACUGGGGAAGAUUAAAAAAAAAGUCCGGACAUGGCACACAAUUCAACAAACAAUGUACAGAUAUUCAACAAACCCAGGGUGGAGCUUCAUCUUCAUCUUGAUGGGGCUAUAAAACCUGAGACAAUUUUAUACUUUGGCAAAAAACGAGGUAUCAAAUUGCCAGCAGACUCGGUAGAAGGUCUUAUGAGCUACGUUGGAUAUGAUGAACCCCGUAACCUCACUCAAUUUCUUGAAAUAUUUAGCUACUACAUGCCAGCUAUUGCUGGAGACAGAGAUGCUGUGAGAAGAAUAGCCUAUGAGCUUGUGGAAAUGAAAGCAAAAGAGGGUGUUAUAUAUUUUGAAGCAAGAUACAGUCCUCAUCUAUUUGCCAACUCCAAUGUUAUUCCCAUUCCUUGGAACCAAAAGCCAGGGGACCUGACUCCAGAUGAAGUAGUUCAUCUUGUCAACCAAGGUUUCCAGGAAGGAGAAAAACAUUUUAAAAUCAAAGCAAGGUCCAUUCUUUGCUGCAUGCGUCAUAUGCCAGAAUGGUCUACUGAAAUUGUGAGCCUGUGUAAGAAGUAUCGCAAUGAAGGUGUUGUGGGUAUGGACUUGGCAGGUGAUGAGUCUUUAAACUGUAAACUCAACUCAGGCCAUUGCACUGCCUAUGAGGAGGCUUUUAAGAAUGGCAUCCAUCGAACUGUACAUGCAGGUGAAGUUGGACCUUCUACAGUGGUCAAAGAGGCUGUCGAUGUUUUGAAAGCUGAACGAAUUGGACAUGGGUAUCACACAAUUGACGAUUUUUGUCUUUACAAGCGUUUGUUGAAACUGAAUAUACAUUUUGAGAUAUGCCCCUGGUCUAGCUAUCUCACUGGAGCUUGUGACCCAGAUUUAAUGAAGCAUCCAGCUAUUAGGUUUAGAAAGGACAAAGCAAAUUAUUCUCUGAAUACUGAUGAUCCAUUGAUAUUCAAAUCUACACUAGAUAAGGAUUAUUGUGUUGUCUCAAAAUACAUGGGUUUCACAGAAGAUGAUUUCAUGGAAGCGAAUAUUAAUGGAGCUAGAUCCUGCUUUCUCCCUGAUAAAGAAAAAGAAGAACUUUUGAUGACGCUGUACGAGGCUUACGGAAUGGUGCAGAGCACUGUAUGUUAAACAGCUCCUGGUAAAUCACCCAUACAAAUGGGAAAUCGGUCUUCAAAGUGACUGUGUAAUGUAUAUAAUUGCAGACAGAAAUUGAAACUAUUUGUGAAUAUCAUCAAUAACUGUUCAAUUUGUGACUAUUGUGUAAUGCAACUCUCUUUGUUUCCUUAUGAGGAGAAUGCAAUAUAGCCUAAAUUGACUUCAUGAUUUGAACAAUUUUCAAGCUCUUUCCAAUCAAAAACGUGACUUCAUUUUGUUUACAAUGUCCAAAUUUAUUUAGAUAAUAUUUUAAGAGAAUUAUUUAAGAUGCACAGAGCAUUGUUCUACGUGAAAGCAGAAUUUAUGAAACAUUUAAUUUAGCCUGGUACCUCAUUUACAAAUAUUCCAAAGAAUGACUAAAUCAUAGGCAAUAAAAGAUUUUUGAUACACCUUAUUCGUUCAGUUAUCUCUGGCGGCACAACCAGGAUUGUGGACAUAUUUAUUCCUACAUAUCAGAUGCCAACUUAGAUACCGUGGAUUUCACAUCAAUAAGCACAAUAUAGCAACAUUGUUACCCAGUUGCAAUGUACGCAAAGAGAAAUUGUUUCUUCAAUUUAAUGACCGUGGAACGUGAUUGGAAAGAGAGAAUCUAGAAGGCUUAACCUUUUCUAUCGGAGGACACAGUUAUUCUGUCAGACUGAAUUCACAUUACUGUUGGAUAUUUGGAAUUGCAUUGAUACUCCAUGUUCAGUAAUUGUUCAAUGUGAUUUCAUUUACAAUCUUAGACGGCAAAGUGAUUAGAUUGUUGUUAUUGGAAAGUGAAGUCAAUGAAUGUUCAUAAAGGAAGACCAAAAGCAGACCUUUCAGACAAUUUGCUGGGUUUAUUACAUUCUUGAUCUGGAUCUUCCAUCAAUUAAAUAUUUGGGUACUUCAAGUUUAUUGUGUAAGUGUGUUCAGUAUAUUCACAUUUUGUUAUAAAAAUUAUAUUUAAACUAUCUCUUUCCUGUUAAUGUGCAUAGUAUAUGUAACUGUGCAGAUAAUCUAUUGGAGUAUUUACAAUAUAUUUGUCUCAUAUUCAUCAAUGAAUGCCUUUUAUAUUACACUGGCAGCUAUGUUACAUGUGAGCUUGAACCUCUACAAUUAGUUACUUCCUCAACAUUUUUUGGAGCCUAAGUCUAAAAGUUCAAAACCCACCUAAUUCACUGUUAUCCCUUAAGGGAAUGAAACUGCCAUCUUUACCUGAUCUGCCUAUAUGUGACUCCAGAUCCGUGGCAAUGUCGUUGACUCUUAACAGUUUUCUGAAAUGGCCCAGCAAGCCACUCAGCUCGAGGGCAAUUAAGGAUUGGCAACAAAAGCGGACCUUGACAAUAAUACCCAUAUUGCAUGAAAGGAUACAGAAAAAAAAAUCCGUGAACAUUUCAGUUGUAUCCUCCAUGCUUUGGUCUUGGUGUGGCAAAACCCGUACAAAACACUUAAUGUAGAAAUGAUGAAGUUACAAUUGCCUUUGUAUUUCACUUUCUUAGAAGGCUUAUUAAUGAAGCAUUUUGCACAGUCAUUUGUUUGAGCAAAACACUGCCGAUGCCUACUCACAGCUUAUCAAAUCACACCAGCAAUGCAUGCUGCUGAAAAUUCCAUAUUGGAACUAUCAUCAAGCUAAAUACAUAAAUGUGUUUUCACAACUUUAUGGGAUCAGUUCAAGCUUGAUGUUCUUUAUUAAAUGUGAGGAAGGAAGCAUUGCACAUGCCUUUUAUAAUUCAUUCCUAUAAGAAGUGCAGCUAAUGUACAUUUGCAGAAUUCACAUGUACCAAGAUAUUCUUUUUCUAUACACAUUUGCAAAAGUUACAAAACAUAUUGAAAUAGAGGCUUUUCCAAACUUUAUUUCAAAUUAUUCAUGAGUUCCAAUGGUAUUUAUUGAAUGUCUAUUUCUACACUGUUAGUUAAACUUAUCUACAUCAACAGAGCAUAGUUACCAACUCAAUAAAUGAUAUUUCUUUACAGAAAACCCAUCCAAAAUAAAUUGAUUAAAAUUUUGACCAGAUGCUCUGAUUUUAGAAAUCAAUUUGAUGUAUGAAGAUG